ACGCGCGUCAGACGUGUCUCGCUCUUGCUCUUGCUCUCUCCCUCGCUCUCUCGCCCCCGCGUUUGGUCCAUUUAUCCCAGCAGACCUGUUGCACGCUCUCUCGUUCCACGCGCUUCCAGUUGUUCUGUUUUUGUUAUUGUUAUUCCACUGGUGAGAGUGGUGAGUGCGUCGGGGAAUUCGCAGAUAAACAAUGUGCGUCUUCUGCAAAAAACAGCAUCUCGAAAACGUUUAGGAAUUCGUUUGGGAAUAUCCAUCAACGGAUGAGUCAGCCACUUGAAAAAUUAAUGAAAAUAAACUAUUAAGGCUUGUGAAAAGAACUUACUGAUAACGGGUUUUAGUGCAUUGAUAGAUAUAUAAUAAGUGGAAAAACAAACACUGAAACUGCGGACUCAACUUACAGGUGGCAACCCUAUAGAGCAGCUCUAAAAUUGGUCCACACGCAAAGUGGCAUCGGAAACCUUCUAAGGAUAUUCGAGCUUAAGCCCAGACAAAAUUUGAGAGGAGUCAACACACAUUCGGUUUCGAAUUUUUUGCACAACCGCCGCUUACACACAAUGGGUUCCAUCAACUGCAAGGAGUACAAAACCACUGGCAGCACCCCCAAGAAAGAAAAAUCUACAGGUGGUGCCGUGGGUUCGUACCAGUCCAAGUGCAGCACCCAGAGUCCCAGCACAACCAUGUCGACGGAAGCCUCUUCGCCGGACUCCGAGUACACCAGUGCGGUGCGCGUGGACUGCAAUGUGGCGGACCUGAAGGAGAACGAGAUGCGGCAGGUGGACUUCGACGAGGACACCCGCGUGCUGCUGGUCAAGCAAAACGAUCGCCUACUAGCGGUGGGAGCCAAGUGCACCCACUACGGAGCUCCGCUCCAGACGGGGGCCCUGGGCUUGGGUCGAGUCCGCUGUCCUUGGCACGGCGCCUGCUUCAAUCUGGAGACGGGUGACAUCGAGGACUUCCCCGGACUCGAUUCCCUGCCAUGCUAUCGCGUCGAGGUGGGCAACAAGGGUCAGGUGUUGCUCCGGGCCAAGCGAUCGGAUUUGGUCAACAACAAGCGACUCAAGAACAUGGUGCGACGCAAGCAGGAGGACCAGCGGGUGUACAUCGUGGUGGGCGGCGGUCCAUCGGGCGCCGUGGCCGUGGAAACCAUCCGCCAGGAGGGCUUCACCGGUCGCCUGAUCUUCGUGUGCCGCGAAGACUAUUUGCCCUACGAUCGCGUCAAGAUUUCCAAGUCCAUGAGCCUCGAGAUAGAGCAGCUGCGAUUCCGCGACGAGGAAUUCUACAAGGAGUACGACAUCGAGCUGUGGCUGGGCGUUUCCGCCGACAAACUGGACACGGCCCAGAAGGAGCUGCACUGCAGCAAUGGCUAUGUGGUGAAGUACGACAAGAUAUACCUGGCCACCGGCUGCUCCGCAUUCCGGCCGCCCAUUCCUGGCGUCGAGUUGGAAAACGUGCGCACCGUUCGCGAGCUGGCGGACACCAAGGCCAUACUGGCUUCGAUCACGCCCGAGUCGCGCGUCGUUUGUCUGGGCUCCAGCUUCAUCGCCCUGGAGGCGGCAGCCGGGCUGGUCUCCAAGGUGCAAAGCGUCACGGUGGUGGGUCGCGAGAAUGUCCCGCUAAAGGCCGCCUUCGGGGCGGAGAUUGGCCAGCGGGUGCUGCAGCUCUUCGAGGACAACAAGGUGGUGAUGCGCAUGGAGAGCGGCAUCUCACAGAUCCUUGGCAACGAGGAGGGCAAGGUGACUGAGGUGGAGCUGGUGGACGGCACACGUCUGCCCUGUGACCUGCUCAUCCUGGGCACUGGCUCCAAGCUCAACACCCAGUUCCUGGCCAAGUCGGGCGUGAAGGUCAACCGCAACGGCUCCGUGGACGUCACCGACUUUCUGGAGUCCAAUGUGCCCGAUGUGUAUGUCGGCGGCGACAUUGCCAAUGCCCACAUCCACGGGCUGGCCCAUGAUCGCGUGAACAUCGGCCACUACCAGCUGGCCCAAUAUCAUGGACGAGUGGCGGCCAUUAACAUGUGCGGCGGCGUGAAGAAGCUGGAGGCCGUGCCCUUCUUCUUCACCCUGAUCUUCGGCAAGGGGAUCCGGUAUGCCGGACACGGAUCCUACAAGGACGUCAUCAUCGACGGCAGCAUGGAGGACUUCAAGUUCGUGGCCUACUUCAUCAACGAGGCGGACACGGUCACGGCGGUGGCCUCGUGCGGCCGGGAUCCCAUUGUGGCCCAGUUUGCGGAGCUCAUCUCGCAGGGCAAAUGCCUGGGGCGUGGCCAGAUUGCCGAUCCCGCCACUCGGGAGGACUGGACCAAGAAGCUCGGCGAACCCCUGCCCCAAGUUCGCUAAAUAAUCAACUUUUUGUGUAUUAUCUCUGAGAUUUGUUGUUAUAUUUGUAUUGCAAUCGUUGAGUAUUCACUAUAUAUACUCGUAUGCAAAGCACUUGGGAUGUGUAGUGUAACCUAUCUGUGUAUAUCUAUAAUUGUAGUUCGUACGGGGGAGCUUCCUUGAGUUCCUGCCGCGGGUGCCACUUUUGGCUCUGAAAGAUCGAAGAUGUAAGCUUUUUAUUCCCCUGCCCUUGCCACACAAUGUAUUUUUUUGAGUCAUAUUGGAUUAUUUUUGCUAAAUAAAGUGUUUUAACGAUUCCAGUUUAAA